AUGCCUCCGAAAGCAGCUAAAUCAAAGGAAACCCCGGCCGAACGGCCGAUUCUUGGUCGGUUUUCCUCUCACCUUAAAAUUGGAAUUGUUGGGUUGCCAAAUGUGGGCAAAUCAACUCUUUUCAACACCCUUACCAAGUUAUCCAUUCCCGCUGAAAAUUUCCCCUUUUGUACUAUUGAGCCCAAUGAGGCUCGAGUCAAUAUUCCUGAUGAGCGAUUUGAUUGGCUUUGUCAACUGUUCAAGCCAAAGAGUGAGGUGUCAGCUUUCUUAGAAAUUCAUGAUAUAGCUGGACUUGUUCGCGGUGCUCAUGAAGGACAAGGAUUGGGAAACAACUUCUUAUCUCACAUCCGUGCUGUUGAUGGCAUUUUUCAUGUUUUACGUGCAUUUGAAGAUCCUGAUAUCAUCCAUGUUGAUGACUCUGUGGAUCCCGUGAGAGAUUUAGAGGUUAUAUCUGCUGAAUUGCGGCUCAAGGAUCUUGAAUUCAUGGCGAGGAAUAUAGAGGAUCUCGAGAAGAGCAUGAAGAGAAGCAAUGAAAAGCAAUUGAAAAUAGAGCACGAGUUGUGUCUAAAGGUCAAAUCAGUGCUUGAGGAGGGAAAGGAUGUCCGUUUGGUGGAGUGGAAAGCCGCCGAUAUUGAGAUCCUGAAUACUUUUCAGUUGCUCACUGCUAAACCUGUGGUCUACUUGGUUAACAUGAAUGAGAAAGAUUAUCAAAGAAAAAAGAACAAAUUUCUUCCAAAGAUACAUGCUUGGGUGCAGGAGCAUGGUGGUGAAACAAUAAUCCCUUUCAGCUGUGCUUUAGAGAGAAAUCUUGCUGACAUGCCCCCAGAUGAAGCUGCCAAAUAUUGCGAGGAGAACAAAGUACAAAGUGCGCUUCCGAAGAUCAUAAAGACUGGAUUCUCAGCCAUUAACCUUAUAUACUUCUUCACGGCAGGACCAGAUGAGGUGAAGUGCUGGCAAAUUCGUCGACAGACAAAAGCUCCUCAAGCUGCAGGGACAAUUCAUACUGAUUUUGAAAGAGGGUUCAUUUGUGCCGAGGUCAUGAAAUUUGACGAUUUAAAGGAACUCGGCAGUGAGGCAGCCGUAAAGGCUGCUGGGAAGUACAAACAGGAGGGGAAGACGUAUGUUGUUCAGGACGGAGACAUAAUAUUCUUCAAAUUUAACGUCUCUGGGGGCGGGAAGAAGUGA